UUAAUAGAUAAUUUUCAAGUGAUUGAAUCAGUAUAUAAACGAAUAGACACAAAUUAAUUUUCGUUGGUUUACUUACUCUCUAGUGAUUUGACUUGAAAGGAAGGAGUAUUCAAGAUGAGGAUAGCCUUCUGUUUUAUCGUUGUAGCCAUUUCUGGGGCCUUUUCAUACGGAAUAGACUCAAAUCCUUUCAGCGAUGAGUUCAUAGAUUACAUCAACAGUCAACAAACCACUUGGACUGCGGGCAGAAAUUUCGACAAAAACACUCCAGUGUCUCACGUUCGUAAAUUACUUGGAGCUGUCAAAUCACCGGUACCUAGAUCUGCCAGGAACGUUGUUUUACACAGCGAAGAUACUCCAAUUCCUGAAUCCUUCGACUCUCGUGAAAACUGGCCCGACUGCAAUAUUAUCAGAGUAAUCAAGGAUCAGUCCUCCUGUGGUUCAUGCUGGGCUGUUGCAGCAACUUCCGCAAUGAGUGACAGGAUUUGCAUUCAUUCUGACGGGAAAAAACAAAUAUCCGUUUCAGACGAAGACUUGUUAUCGUGUUGUUCAGAAUGCGGAGAUGGAUGUCACGGAGGAUAUCAUAUUGAAGCGUGGAAUUAUUGGCAGAAAACAGGUCUCGUUUCAGGGGGACCUUAUAAUUCGACUACGGGAUGCAGAGCUUAUUCCUUGGCACCAUGCGAACAUCAUACAACUGGUUCCAUACCGGCAUGUCCUAAAGAUGUUUCUCUUACUCCUAGAUGCAAUAAACAGUGUGACAAAAAAUCUUCCCUCUCCUAUCAAUCUGAUAAAUCCUAUGGUCAAAAGCCUUAUUAUGUUAGUAAUCAAGAAAAGCAAAUACAAUUGGAAAUCUUGAAAAAUGGUCCUGUUGAAGCUGCAUUUCAUGUAUACACAGAUUUUUACGCUUAUAAGCGUGGUGUGUACCAAAAUUAUUUUGGCCAAUAUGAAGGUGGACAUGCUGUGAGAAUCUUGGGAUGGGGAGUUGAAAAAGGUACACCGUACUGGUUGGUUGCAAACUCCUGGAAUGAAGAUUGGGGUGACAAAGGUUUAUUCAAGAUAAUCAGAGGGAGAAACGAAUGUGAGAUCGAAGAUGAUAUAGUAGCUGGAUUGCCAAAGUUGUAAAUUUCAGAUGAUGUUUCCACAAAAUAUUCAAUCGAAAUGUUUCUUGAUAACGUUUCUGUAAUAACGUCAUUAAGAUAAUAACAAAAAUAAAAAUCGUCUGAAUUGUG